UGUUGAAAAUGAUGAAUUGAGGCAAAGUACAAGAAAUACUAAAAUUGAUAGGUUCAGCAAUUUGCCUGACAAUGUUCUGCUCCACAUCAUGAAUUUUAUGGAUACAAAAGAUGCUGUUCGGACUUGUGGAUGCACCAUUGCAAACAUCUCUCUAAUCUCGCAUUUUAUUAUGAUUACAGACAGAAUAUUGAACUUUUCGAUAAAUUUGUGACAUGGGUUUUGUCUAGCAGGGAUGAUUCCUGUUCCUUACUUAAUCUUGUUAUUGAAAAUCAGUUUAGUGGUGAGUUAAUUGAUCCUCGAGUAUUUGAUAGUGUCAUUGAAUAUGCUGUGCUUCACAAUGUCCGGAAUUUGAAAUUAGAUGUUUUCAGCCCCAUUGUCACUUUUGAGUCUCUCUCUUUAAUCUUUUGUUCUCAGUCUUUGACAUCUCUGAAGCUUUGCAUUAGGCGUACGUCUAGUCCGGUGGUAGUACUUCCGAAAUCUUUUGACUUGCCUGCGUUGAAAAGUUUGCGUCUUAAUUGUGUGGGUUUUGCUGCGAGUGGCAAUGAAUGUGCCGAACCCUUUUCAAAUUGUCGUGUGUUAAACACUUUGGUCCUUAAAUGUUUUUCUUUGCAUGAUGAUGCACGGGUCCUUUGGAUAUCUAAUUCUAGCCUUUCUAGUUUGAAAAUAAGCCAUUUGUUGCAAAAACAAGUUUGGGAAGUGAGGCUUUCUACUCCGAAACUUAGUUCUUUCACAAUCAAGGGUUUUGCGUGUGAUCAGUUGUCCACCACAUGCAAUCUUUCUUUUCUUGAAGAAGUAAAUAUUUUUCACAGGUACCUUUGGGAGACAAGCUCAAUUUCAACGCUCCUAAAAUGGCUCAAAGUGCUUGCCAAUGUAAAGAUAUUGACACUAACUUCAGUCAUCAUUCUAAUGAUAUUACCUGAAUUAUCGAAUAUGUAUUCAAGGACACCUCAACCCCCAUGCUUUGUUAGAUUGGAAUUAUUGAAGGUGGACAAACAAGUGCCUAUAAAGAUAUCUGAUAAGGAAGUAACCAGAGUAGUGGACUUCUUGCUUCAAAACUCUCCGUCAGCAAAAGUUGAUAUCUCAUAAAAAGUAAUUGUCAGUAUCCAAUGCCUGGUUAUUUAGUUAGAAAUUUUAUGUGGUGUUCA